AGCUUAUCAGCAAGGUGAGAUGACGUCGCACACCUGCAUACAGAUACAUCUUCCUCAUCAUCAGCUUGGAUUGUUAGAGUGACUUUACAUUAUUCCUUACGUCUUCAAAAUUUCCACUCACUCCACCAACUUUUACUCUUUUUUAGUCUCUAGACUCUUGCCAACACUAUUUCCAGCUUUCAAUCAUGGGUUGCGGCCCAUCAGGACUCAACGAACCAGCGCAAGGAGGUGGGAGUAACACCAAUUGCAAAAACUGUGUUGACUGCCACUCGUGUACUAAUUGCAAAGACUGUACAUCCUGCCACAGCUGUACGGCAUGCGAUAAUUGUAGCGAGUGCCACAGUUGUACCUCCUGUGAUGGGUGCGAGGGGUGUCAUAGCUGCACAAAUUGCACAGAUUGUGAGUCACUAGUAUGCACGAAAUGUAUGUACUUGAAAUGUACGCUGACUUCCUACCUAUAUUUCAAAGGUAUCGAUUGCAAGAGUUGCACGAACUGUAGUGGCUUGAAAAACCAACAUGGACUAACUAAUGUUCACGCAUGAGUACAGAGAGGUUAGUGUGUUGCGACGUGUCGAGUGGGGUAGAGGGCAUCAAACUUGUCCCAGUAUACUUUUACAUUUACUUAGAGGUGU